AUGGGAUUCAAAUCACCCUCUCACAACGAUGACACCUUUAACACACGGUUCAAACCAUAUGCCAGAGCAUCACCACGCGCCAUCAGGCCAUUGGCGGCGCGUGAUAUCGAAGACCUUGAAUUGGGCAUCGAAUUAUCCUUGAGAUCUUAUGACUUUGAGCUUGAGCGUCGUGACAAUGUUGAGCCGAACAAUUACCUAUACAUCGUGCUAACUGAAAGAUAUCAGGAGACACGAAUGGGUUCAGCUAUGGAGCUCGACCAACCCAUCACUUUUAGUGGGACAUAUGGAUGUCUGGACACCAUUAUGGCGGAUGACGAGACCGGACCCCUCGCUGUUGUCCCGUCUGGAAGCCAGGCGCACAUUCAGAGCGGGGAGAAUCACUCUGCUAAAAGGGAGAGACUUGUCCGUGGCCUGCAGAAAACUGCGGAUAAGUACUUGCUACGUCAUUUUAAAGCAAAUGACCUACACACCGAAGAGCUACAUGAGCACAUAAACAUAGCACUCCGAGCCGCCAUGCUGGGGGCCGAUGUUGACAACAUGGUGCCGUGCCCAAAGACCGCACAUCACACUAAGUCCAAGGAGGGCGAGCCAGCAAUAAUUCAGACGACAGACGAAUAUAUCAUACCUCCCACAAUAGCAUGA